UCAGAGAGAGAGAGCAAACGAGAGCGAGCUCUGUAGAUAAGGUCAGAGAGAGAGAGAGAGAGAGAGAGAGAGAGAGAGAGAGAGAGAGAGAGAGAGAGAGAGAGAGAGAGAGAGGCUGCAGCUUCUCUGUAGAUAAAGUCUCUGAUAUUACUGUAUUUUACCAGCUGAUUCAGGAACAGCCAGAGAGCCGCUUCCUGGCGGAUUUCACCAGAAACAGAGAAAAACCGGAUUGAGGAAAAUGAUGUCAGAACAGAGCAUUCACCUACCCAAUGUGGGGAGCUCCAAAAACGGAAGGCUGGAAAGGACCACCUCCUCUUCCUCCACCUCAUGCUCUCGGCGCGGGGCCACAGUGAGCUUCCAUAAGAUCCACUAUGCCGUGGAGAUGAGGAGUGGCUUUCUGUGUAAAAGGAAGGUCACCCACAAAGACAUCCUCAUUGAUCUCAAUGGAAUUAUGAAGCCAGGAAUGAACGCCAUAUUAGGAGCUACAGGGAGUGGAAAAUCAUCGUUUUUGGAUGUCCUGGCAGCGAGGAAAGACCCCAAAGGACUGACCGGAGAAGUUCUGAUAGAUGGGGCUCCACAACCGCCCAACUUCAAAUGCCUGUCUGGAUAUGUAGUACAGGAUGACGUUGUGAUGGGAACGUUAACAGUGCGGGAGAAUUUCCGUUUCUCUGCAGCGCUGAGGCUUCCGAUGUCGGUUAGUCAGAAGGAGAAAGAGGAGAAAGUGCAGCGACUCAUUGAAGAGCUGGGACUCACUAAAGUAGCUGAUUCACGGGUGGGCACUCAGUUGAUUCGGGGGAUUUCAGGGGGGGAGAGGAAAAGGACCAACAUCGGAAUGGAGCUCAUCAUCGACCCCCCUGUUCUCUUCCUGGAUGAACCCACGACAGGACUGGAUGCCAGCACGGCUAAUUCUGUGCUCUCACUACUGAAGAGGAUGUCCAAUCAUGGUCGAACCAUCAUCCUGUCCAUCCACCAGCCACGUUACUCCAUCUAUCGCCUGUUUGACAGCCUGACCCUUCUGGCUGGAGGCAGACAGGUGUACCAUGGACCUGCACAGAGUGCACUGGAGUACUUCAGUGAGAUAGGAUUUGCCUGUGAACCUCACAACAACCCUGCUGACUUCUUCCUGGAUGUCAUCAAUGGAGACUCCACUGCAGUCAUUAGGAACAGUCAUCAAGAUGAUGAGGAGCUGGACACACAGCAGUGCAAUUCAUCUCGUCAGAGCAUCGAGCAGCGGCUCGUGGAGGAGUACAAGAGCUGGUCGUACUAUAAAGAGACCAAAGAAGAGCUGGAGAAGAUCAUGCAGGGCCAGAACUACAGUGGGAAACCCAAAUCCCGCACCAUUACCUACAAUACCUCCUUCUGUUAUCAGUUUAAAUGGGUGCUGAAAAGAACAUUUCGCAAUCUCAUGCUCAACCCACAGACCUCCUUUGCUCAGAUCGGAGUCACGCUGUUCUUAGCUCUGAUUGUAGGUGCAAUCUUUUUUGGGGUGUCAAACGGCUCGAGUGGAAUUCAGAACAGGAUGGGAUCUCUGUUCUUCAUCACCACUAAUCAGUGUUUCAGUGCUCUGUCCUCUGCGGAACUUUUCAUCACAGAGCGCAAACUCUUCCUGCAUGAAUAUGUUAGUGGCUACUACAGAGUCUCUGUUUAUUUCCUGAGUAAGAUUCUGUCUGAUAUUCUCACACUGCGCACCUUCCCUGCUAUCAUCUUCAGCUGUGUGGCCUACUGGAUGAUAGGUUACAGAGCAGAUGCAGGAGCAUUUUUCUUCUUCAUGUUCUCCGUUGCAAUGACUGCAUACACAGCAACAGCCAUGACAAUGGCCAUCUCUGCUGACCAGAGUGUCGUGGCCAUCGCCAACAUCUUCAUGACCAUCAGCUUUGUGUUCAUGAUGAUAUUCUCAGGCUUGCUGGUAAAUUUGCCCAGCAUUGUUGACUGGCUGCAGUGGUUUAAGUAUCUGAGCAUUCCUCGCUAUGGCUUAACCGCUCUGGAGGUGAACGAGUUUGUUGGGCUGCAGUUCUGUGAUUCUCGGCCCGAUGCUAGUGGGGCACUCAAUAUCACAUGCAGCACGGGCGAGGAAUUCCUGACUGAACAGGGCAUUGAUUACUCCACGUGGGGCAUGUGGCAGAACAUCGUGGCGUUGGGCUGCAUGACCAUCAUCUUCCUCAGCAUCGCCUACCUGAAGCUACGUUUCAUCAAGAAAUUUACAUAGACACACACGCACACUGUCUGACGCACUCGUACACUUCACACUCUGCAUUAGUAGCAGAGUGGCCCGAAUUCCUUUUCACUUAAACUAUGCAAAUAAGAGCACUUCUUAAUCAACAUGUUUUUUUUUAAAUGGGGGUUAAGAUUUUCACUCCCCUGUCCUAAUCAUGCACUAAUAUUUCCAAAAAAGAUACAAAAAUCUAAUAUUAUAAUUGUUGUUAGUUCAAAAAUCAUAUAUACUGUAAAUGCGUAGCUUACCUUAAGAUUUUGUUCUAUUUUAUUUAUGCACUCAAGUUUAUUACUAAGUCGUAGGCUGAGUUUGGUUUAAUUUUAACUCAGACCUCUAAUAUGUGAAUAAUCUUAACAGCCGGUAUUAUCUUAACUGAAUGUUUCUAUCCGUCCUUUAUCCAGGUGCAUUCAUAGAACCUGUUGUGAAGACGGGCCAACUUUCUAGAACAUUAGCGAAAUUCCCUAUCUACCUAACGAGAAACUGUAGUACAUAAGAUCAGUACACAGAUCUGUACUUAGGCAACCAAAAGUUUUUCUACUGUAGCAUCGCUUGCUCUGUGAAUAGGGUCUUAGUUAUGCGUAGUAGUGUAGCACUUUAAACUGAAAACAAAGUGUGCCUCAUUAGGUUUAAUGAGCCUGACACUACAAACACACAUACACAGACCUUAUAGGCAAGUAUAAAAAUGUUCUUUAAAUAGGGACAGACCAAGAUAUAGAAAAUUGAAGUUCAGAUUACUGUUUCAGAAAUGCAUUUUAAAUCACUAAAAUCUAAUAAAACACUAAUGAAGUGUUCUUAGCGUUUGGGCCAAUAAUGCUUGUGAUCUUGUGUUUGCUGCAUUUGCACAGAUCUCUACAUUGAGAGAAGUUUCCCCUGCUCUCAGCACGAGUACCAAGCUUGACUGGAGGGACAGAAUUAGCAUUAAAAGAGCUGUGUUUUCUUUGCUGUAGGAUAAUAGAAAUGUUGAGUGCUUAGAUCACAGUAUGAAGAGCUUCAAUUAAAACAGCUUCAGCUUUAUUGGAUCUGUAUUGGAUUGGAUGAUACUCAAAAGAUUCAAAUGGCAUCAGCACAACAUUAAAAAAAUAAAUAAGAAAAAACUAUAUUGUGCUAGGCCUUGUUAAAUAAAGUUUUGACAGUGUUCUAUAAAGUUUGUUCUACCAGGCUGGGUGAUUGACUAUUUGAUUGUAGCCACAUUUAGGCAGGUAUGUUCUACAGUAUUUUUUAUAUGGUCUACUCAUUUUCCUGCACUGUUCAUAUACAGCAGUUUACUGCUGAUACUUGUAAAUAUGUUGAAUGCAAUAAGCAUCGUAUGCCUUAGCUUUACAGUCUGAUUUUCAUUAUGUUCUUUUUUAUACUUGGUCACAUCUUUUGAGGUUUUUAAUGUAUCAGUAUUGUAUAAUUUUGUUAAAGAUGAAAAAUAAAUAUUUUGAUAACUUGCA